CCAGUGAAUUUAACGUUGCUGUCUAUCAUCGUCACCUUCGUGUUCCUAGGUAGUAAUGAGUAUGAGCAUUGGAUAACCGUGAUUGCCCAUCCCGCUCGUAUUGAUGGCUUUGCAUGCUUUAAUAUCAAGCCCCUGUCUUUACUAAAACUGGCCAGCUGUUGGGCCUUAGGGGACUGAAAAGCACCACUAUGCGUAUAACAUCACCGGUAAUCUGGACUUGGAUAUGAAACAAAAGCUAAGUAAUUAUUUCUCGUCACAGGUAAGGCUUCGCGAAAUUUAAGGUGCGCUCUAUGCCGUAAAGAAUUGGGUGCCGUCAGGUAUUUAUCAGAACGAUCCCCAGGGGAAAAUCGGCAUUCUGAACGAACCCCUGCCGACGAUCCGGAGACAUACCCCGAAUCUGCAAGUCGGCCGCGACGCUAAGGUCCCAUAGAUAUCUUAAUACGAGAAAUGCCCUUUGUUUAAUGAUACCAUUGUAAUUGUGCAUUGAGGAACCUUUAACGAGAAGGUGAUGAUCAUGGGCUGACUGUUGAGCAGCAUAAGAAGACGGCCAGCCGGUUAUUUGAUUAUGCUCUGCGCCCGAGCCUUUGUGAUCUCGCCCUAGUGUAGAUCUACCAACUUGUCCUUUACCAUGGCGAUGAAGCUCAAAUGGCGCACCGUCUUCGUUGGGAUGCUGGCCGUGGGCGCCACAGUUGUUUCCUCUAACCCCACGCCUAAGGGACGAUCCAUAGCUCACGAACGUCGCGACACGCUUGCCGAGCCCGUUUGGAAUAAGCUCGACCGGGCGCCUUCUGACGACGUCUUUGAGAUGCGCAUUGGUCUGAAGCAGCAGAACCUUGACCGCGGGUACAGCCUACUCAUGGAUGUGUCGGAUCCGAGGUCCUCUAAUUACGGAAAAUACUGGCAGCCCGACGAGAUUAUCAAAAUGUUCGCGCCAGCAGGGGAGACAGUCCAAGAGACGAAGAAUUGGCUGAACUCGUCAGGGAUUGGUAAUGAGCGCGUUGCGCUUGCUGCGAGUAAGGGCUGGCUUGUCUUCAAUGCGACGAUCAGUGAGGCAGAAAAGCUCCUCGACACGGAGUACUGGCUUUACGAAGGGGACGAAGGGCAGAUAUCUGUGGGCUGUGAUGAAUACCAUGUUCCAGCUCAGUUGAGCGAACAUAUCGACUUCGUAUACCCGGGUGUCGCCAUGGCGGAAAGCAGGAAGCCGAGUAACCUCGCAAGACGAAGUGAGCGCCCAAAAAGACAGAGAAAGACUACCCGCCCGGGGAGAGUCGUAGGUCGUCAGACAUCAAACUGCUCCGCGUUGGCAACGCCCGACUGCAUCGCAAAGAUGUAUAACCUUCCGCCGGCAGAUAAAGCGCAUCCCAACAACUCCAUGGGAAUCUUCCAGAAAGGAUCAUGGUACCAAGAAAAGGACCUGGACUUGUUCUUCCAGACGUACGCUCCUCAUAUCCCUCAAGGAACUCGGCCGCAGAACUUGAGUGUUGACGUAGCUGUCUGGCACUAUAACGAGAAUGACACUUACGUCAGCUAUCCCGAUGAGGCGGACCUAGAUCUCGACGUUGCGUAUCCCAUCAUUUAUCCUCAAACGGCCACGGUCUUCCAAGUAGAUGAUGAGUAUUAUAAUCUAUAUUCAGCCAAUGGUUAUUUUGGCCUUUUCAAUACCUUCCUCGAUGCUAUCGAUGGCUCGUAUUGUGACUACUCGGCAUAUGGCGAAACUGGCGACAAUUCCCAGUACGACGCUGUCUAUCCUGACAACAAUACUGUUGUUGCUCCCGGUAAGCCGGAACCGUUUGACCCUGGCACCUACAAGGGAGAGCGUAUGUGUGGCGUAUAUAAACCGACGAACGUCAUCUCAAUGUCGUAUUCGAGGGUGGAAUCUACUUUCAGCGUCGCCUACCAGAUGCGACAAUGCAACGAGUGGAUGAAGCUGGGCCUCCAAGGCGUGACUGUCGUAGGAUCUUCCGGAGACAGCGGCCCGCUUUCAAGUAACGCAUGCAAUUCCGGCGGCUCUAGCACCUUUUACGCUACCCACCCCGGAAAUUGCCCCUAUAUCACGUCAGUUGGCGGCGUAAUGCUGCAGCCAAAUGGUAGCCUAGCCGCUGCCAAAGUUGAUGAGGCACCCUGGGCCACGUCUGGCGGAUUCUCAUGGUAUUUCCCGAGACCGGAUUACCAGGAAACGGCUCUCUCGACUUACUUCUCAAAACACGACCCGGGCCUCGACGGUAAAUAUAACAGCUCCGGCAGGGGUUUCCCGGAUAUCUCGGCUCUUGGUAGAAACGUGGCCGUGGCCGUGCUAGGCAAGCUAGACACUGCCGACGGGACGUCCGCUUCUACGCCUCUGAUCGGCGCCUUGUUCAACAGGGUCAAUGAGGAGAGGCUUGCCGCGGGGAAAUCUACUAUCGGAUUUGUAAAUCCCGUUCUCUAUGCCAACCCUGGAAUUUUCGAGGAUAUCACAGCCGGUGACAAUGGUAUUUGCGGCGUCGAGGCCUAUAAGGCCGUAGAGGGUUGGGAUCCUACGACCGGAUUAGGAGUGCCGGAUUAUCCGAAGCUAUUAGAAGUCUUCAUGGCCUUACCAUAGAUGUUAGAUAAAACAUUAAUAAUGACAUUUAGAGAUCUGUUGAUAAUUUGGCGUUAGCAAUACUCUAUGA